AUGUGGGAGUUUAUGGUCCUUUUAAAAACCACCUUAAUCGAGCACAGACAGUCUGGAUGUAUAAUCAUCCAGGAAAAGCAAGAAACUCGAAAACAAUCCAUCCAUACUCGUCGUAAACGCAAAUCGGCUGUGUUAACCGACACGCCUGAAAAAGACUCAUUAAAAAAAGAGUAUGAAGAAAAACUGGCCAAGACCAAAAAAACGUGUGACAAAAAUAAAGGAAAAGGUAAAGGAAAGUCCUCGAAAAUGAGCGAAGAAGGUAAAGAUAAGUGCACACGACGAUACGGUGUUUUGUGCGUGGUUUGGUGUGUGCAGCAGAAAGCGGUGCUGUGUCGCGGGCGCGGGGCGCGGGCCACGUGCGGCCGCGGCGUUGCCUGGCGACGCGCGGGCGUCGGGGCGCUGCAUUCUCACGCCCGCGCCCUGUGCCGCCCGCGCGUCUCGACCGCACGUCUCGCCCGCAACACGUUUUCGGCCGCCGAGCCGCUGCAUGUCGCCGACCAGUCGGCACUCGGCAGUCGGCAGUCGGCACCGAGAGCGCUCUCUUACACGCCGUAUUUAGCGCCACUCUGUGCGCACACUGUGACAGCCGCACCCGCUGGUGUGUGCACUGUGAUCGCUAACCGAUCC